AGGCUUCCAGAUAUGAUGUUUGCAACCAAGUGUAGUUUAUCUGAUGCAUGCAACACUAUAGCCAAACAACUUGAGAAUGUUUACUCAUCAAUUGCGGC